AUGUCUCACAAUGAAGAAACAGACGCCACAAGGCGCCCAAAGAAACUAAUCUUUGCCCCGGGCGAUAUAGCAGCUACACCAGAUACAGAUUCCAAAUCUACUUCCGCAUCUGCCAUUCAACCUCCCCUUGAAGCUUUGCGCUCCGAUACCUCAACACCUAACUCCACUACGGAAAACCAGAUCCUCUCCAAUCCAGCCCGCGCACACCAAUUCGUCACGAACCCACCCCUUACUAUCUCUCAAGUCCACGGUACAAAUCCCCUCCACCAGUUCCACGCAUGGUUCAAAGAUCCGCGCUUGCUUCCUAGCUCCGCCCCGGAAACUUGUACCCUCGCUACUGCAACUCUACCCUCCGGCCGCGUCAGUGCCCGCUCAGUAUACCUGAAAGAACUAGAUGAGCGUGGCUGGGUAGUAUACAGUAACUGGGGCAGUCGCGAAGGCAAGGGAGCUCAAGUCUUCGGACUAGACCCAACCUCCGGCUCAGAGCUAGGAUCAAUGCCCGAGCCUGACGAGGCCGCCGCUUCCGCUUCACAUCUCGGUAACAGAUGGGGCGCUUUAACCUUCAGUUGGGCGGGUGUUGAGCGCCAAGUUCGUAUUGAGGGUCUUAUGGAGCCGCUUUCGAGGGAGGAGAGCGAGUUGUACUGGCGGACUAGGGAACGGGGAAGCCAAAUUGGUGGCUGGGCUAGUUGGCAGAGUAAAGUGCUUUGGUCUGCUGAGCCGGGACAAUUGGAGGAGCAUCAGAGACGGAAGAGUGUUGCGAAGGUGCAGGAGGCGGGUGCGGGUGCGGAUGUAUUGGUCAAUAUUGAUCAGACUGAUAUUGAUGAUGGGAGGGCAUUGCUUGAGCAACGGGUUGAAGAGAUGGAGGAGAAGUUUGCUGGAGUUGAGGAGAUUCCUUUGCCGCCUUUUUGGGGCGGAGUGCGUUUGGUGCCAGAGUCUGUUGAGUUCUGGCAGGGUAGACGGAGUCGUUUGCAUGAUCGGUUCCGUUAUGUGGCUGUUGAUGGUGGGAAAUGGAGACUUGAAAGACUUUCUCCGUAA